AUGGGGAAGCUGCUCUCCAGAGGCCGGUGUGCCAGAGACGCUCGGGUGGUGAUGCUGGGGCUCGACUUUGCCGGCAAGUCCACCCUUCUGUACAAACUGAAGCAUGGCCGGGCUGUGGAGACCUGCCCAACAGUGGGCUUCAACGUGGAAUCCCUGCAAACGCCCUGCCGUGUAGCCUUCACCCUCUGGGACGUGGGCGGGCGAGGCAGCCUGCGGGCAAGCUGGCCUGGCUACCUGGAGGACACCGACACCCUCAUCUUUGUGCUCGACAGCACGGACACAGCUCGGCUGCCCGAGGCGGCGGCGGCGCUGGAAGGAGCCCUGAGACACCCCAGCAUGGCUGGUGUCCCUGUGCUCCUCCUGGCCAACAAGCAGGAGGUGCCCGGGGCGCUGGCUCCUGCCGAGCUGGGGGAGAGGCUGCGGCGGGGGCGGCUGGAGGAGCAGCACUGGGUGCUGCUGGGGGGCAGCGCCCGCACCGGGCAGGGCCUGCAGGAAGCCCUGGCUGUCCUGGAAGAGCUGCUGCAAGGUUUGGAGCAGAGGUCCCCACCCCAGGAGCAGCCCUCUCGCAGGGCCAGCAGUGAGGAGGCAAGCUCUGGAGCAAACCUGAGCCGCAGGCGCACCCUUCCCAGUUGUGGCUGCCAGCAGGUUUGUCACAGGGGAUCCCAGCCUGAGCAGACCUACCACUGGUAG